AUGGAAAGAGCCAACCAGACCAGCAGUGUCUCCCAGUUCAUCCUCGUGGGACUCACGUCCCGGCCCGAGGACCAGAAGCCACUCUUUAUCCUCUUCCUCACCAUAUACCUGGUCACUGUGACAGGGAACCUGCUCAUCAUCCUGGCCAUCUGCUCUGACCACCAGCUCCACAGCCCCAUGUACUUCUUCUUGAGUGUCCUUUCCUUCACUGACAUUUGCUUCUCAACAACCACUGUCCCCAGGAUGCUGGAGAACUUCCUGUCAGAGAAGACCAUCUCCUACGCUGGGUGUCUGACACAGAUGUAUUUUAUUUAUGCUUUGGGCAACACUGACAGCUUCCUGCUGGCAGCCAUGGCCUUUGACCGCUACGUGGCCAUCUGUGACCCCUUCCACUAUGUCACCACCAUGAGCCACCGCCGCUGUGUCCUGAUGGUGGUCUUCUCCUGCUCGUUUCCGCACCUCCACUCUCUCCUACACACACUUCUGCUGAAUCACCUCACCUUCUGUGGCUCCAGUGUCAUCCACCACUUCCUCUGUGACCUCAGCCCUCUGAUGAAAUUGUCCUGUUCCUCCACAUUUGUCAAUGAAACUGUGAUAAUGAUAGAAGGGUCUGUUGUCUUGGUGACCCCCUUUCUAUUCAUUACUCUCUCUUAUGUCCAAAUCCUCAGCACAGUUCUCAAAAUUCCCUCAGCUGCUGGGAAAGGCAAGGCCUUCUCCACCUGCGGUUCUCACCUCACCGUGGUGACACUCUUCUAUGGAAGCAUCUUCUAUGUCUAUUUACAGCCUUUGUCCACCUACACUGUCAGGGACCACAUAGCCACAAUUGUCUACACGGUUCUGACCUGCAUGCUAAACCCGUUUAUCUACAGCCUGAGAAAUAAAGACCUGAAACAGGCCCUGAGGAAGCUGACAGGCAGGUGGAAACCCCAGGCAGUGCCCUCCUGA